AGGAUUAUACAUCUCACGAAGAAGAACACUCCGAGCUUGGAAUUAGAGAAAAUAAGGAAACAUUGUGUGACAUAGAGGAAAGCGUUUCUAAGAAAGCCAGUAAGACAGUACUAUACACAAUUUUUGGCAACGUUCUUGCGAUGCUUGAAGAAUACGAGGCGAGAACUGAAAGAAUAAAUUUGCCAAAAUCAGCAAUCGAAAUACCGGAUCAAUCAUGGAAAACUGUUGAAGAUGUGAUGGGUAAUGUUGAGAGUCAACUUGUCCUGUUUGAAGCGCACACCGAAGCAUGUCCAAUUGAUGUUACCAGCAGCGUUUACAAAGAGUUAAGAAUAAAAGCAAUCUACUGGGCCGCUGUCAGAGCGUGUUUGCCUCGUACUAAAACCGACACGUUUAUUGCACGGCUGUAUGGGAUAUUGGCAAAACGAGCAAAGGCGAAACAGACGUUUAAGAAACAAUCAUCGCAGAACAUGUGGCGGCGUAGAAAUCAAGAAAGGGAUUUCGAUGUUUCAAACGAACACAAUUCAACUCAACAUAUAUCUACUUUGAAAACACGUACACCAACAAACAGUUUAGACGUUCGUUUAGGCGCCAAAAGAAUACAGGACGUCAACCCAAGCCUUGGACCAUGUCUUCAGGAAGACGUGGAUGCUUAAUCGCUCUAGCUAAAUUGCCUGAGAUUAAAGGCAAAGCUCAUUUACUCCUUUGUCCAUAUAUGUGUCAUGACGGCAUGCCGAUUUUUAAUAAUCUUAUGUUUAAUUAUGCAAAUAUAAACAUUGAACUAUAUUACACAUGAACUAACUUGAAGUUUAAUGGAUACAUUUUAUAUUACCUUAACCAAUAUGAGAGGUUUCUUCAUUUAAAAACAAGAUAGUAAAACAUUUAUGCCCCAUAUAAAGCAACAAAAAUAAUACAUUGCUAAUUAAAUUGGUUUGAACAAGUUUCGUUUCAUCAAGUACCACGUGAACCUGGAUGAUAUGCUCGAGUGCAUAGUCUGUACAAUUAUGUCCAGGUGGUCUUUCAUAACAACCGAAAUUCUGCUUAAGGGAUGUAGUUUUGGUAACUAACACUAUUUAAAUGACUAUAAUAUUUUAAUUCCAUGUAACACGCCCAUAUGACUUGUUAAUCUUAAAAUCUAAGGACCUCUUUCUUUCCUCCCAAGCAAGCAGCCUUUUUUUAAUGCUGGUUUGUCUAAGUUGUAGCAACAUACCGUGCUUAAAAGAAAUGGUUAAAAUGAUCGAUGCAUUCAUAUUUUGACAUG